AUGGUGAAAGGAAUUAAAAAAUAUAUAACCAUUAAAUACACUUUAUUCAUCUGCUGUUACAUUUUUUGGGUAGCAAGUGCUGUUCUUAUAGCAGUAGGAAUCUACGCCAAAGUUUCCAAAGAGAAAGAUGUUGUGGACACUUUGAUGACUGACCCAGCUCUCUUGCUGAUCGUCAUUGGCUCCCUAAUGUUUAUGAUCACCUUCUUUGGGUGCUUCGGUGCAUUGCGCAAUGGAACCUGCCUACUGAAGACAUUUUCAGGGAUAUUGGUGGUAAUCCUUCUCCUACAGAUUACAGCUGCACUGCUUGGAUUCCUGUUCACUGACAAGGUUUUGGAGAGGACGGAGAAGUUAAUGAGAAAGGCAAUUGUUAGCUAUCGGGAGGAUUUGGACUUGGAAAAUGUUAUUGACUUUGUUCAGAAAAAGUUCCAGUGCUGUGGUGUUCACACCUAUGAGGACUGGUCCGAUAACGUCUACUUCCAGUGCUCUGCGGAAAACCCCAGUCUGGAAGCCUGUGGAGUGCCUUUUUCCUGCUGCCUACGACUGCACAAUGAGACAGUUUUCAACACCAUGUGUGGCUAUGAGGUCCAGAGUAUGGAGCCGAGUUCAGCAGGGAGGAGAGUGUACACCAACGGCUGCCUGGAUAAGGUUGUGUGGUGGGGGAAGCAGAACCUCUUUCUAGUGGGGGGGAUUACUGUGGCUCUGCUCUGCCUAGAGCUGUGUAUGAUUACUUUGGCAUCUUGCCAGGUGUCUCGCAUAAAGACGGUUCAACAGAGGCCAAAACAAGAUGGUGGAAAACACCCUUCUUUGACUAGAGAAAGACUAGACAACAAUGUGUGGUACCCUGCUUCCUGGGACUUCAAUAAGGAAUGA